AUGAACGAAGACGAGAGCGACGACGAUUGCUGUGAGAGAGCUCUUUCCGACACCGACGAUAUGACCGAUUCAGAGCCUGCUGAGUGCGAGGGGUUGGGGCAACCAGAUGUCGCAGACGUUCUAGCCGGAUAUGUACCAGAGCCAGUACCCGAAGAUCCUGAUGCAGUGCCGGAUGAAACAAAGUACCUACCUGAUGAAGGCCCAGCCGAUGGGCCACCAGACGGAAAAGAGGUGGGCACAGCAUCCGUCUCGGAGCCUGUGAGGAGCCUGCUUGAGGAAGGUCCAGCAGAGCUGGCACUUGGCAAAGAGGCUGUGGGAGAAGAAGGUAGAACAGCAGUGCCCGAGCUUGUCAGUACGUCUGAGCUACCCGGUGGCACAAUGUAUCCACUCGAAGACAGACCAGCAGGGCUUGAAGAGAUAGCCGAUUUGCUUGAUGACAUUGCAUACCCGCUUGAAGAUGGACCUGUGGGUAACGAGACUGUGAAGGUAGUCGGUAUGGUACCUACGUAA